UAUCCCUCCGUGACUCAGGAAGUAGCGACGUGAGCAGACGAGAGCAGACGUCAGUAGACGUGAGUAGCACUAUGGAGUAGCUACUGAGGGAGGUUGAGGAAACUCCGAGACCUCAAAGCACAAGGAUAAACAUUUCAAUAACCUGUACUAUGUGAGUCAGAGUCUCUUACCGGACGAGAGGAUGGUCAGGAAGCUUCCUUUGUCAAACAGAACCCAGAUGCCACAGCUGAUGACACUCAGACCCAGAACCUGCAGGACAGAGGUGAAAGGCUGCAGGGAUUGGUCAGGUGACUCCAGUGCUCCUCCUGGGAUUGGCUUUCCAUCAGAUGUGGAUCUGAUGGAGGGGCGGAGCCAGGGACAACCUGCAGACAGCCUCUGACCUCUGACCUCUGACCUCUGACCUCUGACCAGCCGACCAGCUUCAGGACCAGUUGGAGUAACCAGGACAUGAAGACAUAGAAAAUAUUUCCUUUGUCGUCUCUUUAUUAUUUCUAUUUGAGGUAAAAAGUAUGUAUGAAGUAAGUAUGAAGAGGAAGACGAUGUUCGUCCUGUACGUUGAUAUUAAAAUAGAUGAAAACAUGACAGCGUUUCUCUCAUCAGUUUGGUGAGUGAUCAUCAGUUGUUCAAUGUUAAUAUUUAUAUAAAUAUAUAUUUCAUAUAUAUUUAUAUAAAUAUAUAUGUAGAUAUGUUAAUAUUUAUAUAUAUGUUCAUAUAUAUAUAUAAGCGUUUCAUAUAUAUUAACAUAUAUAUUUAUAUAUGAAACAUAUUGUGAAACAUAUAUAUAUGAAAAAUAUCUCUUCGGCCUUUUCACCACGAGAUGGCGCUGAAGGCUCACCGUUGAUCUGACAUCCCUUAGUAACCAGGGGCAACCAAGCACGCAAGCGCGCGCACACACACACACACACAAACACACACAGAAGAGAGCUGUGAUUGGCUCUCACACUUUUGCAGAAGUCACGAGCACAAACAAACUUUCAGCAGAACGUCAAAAUAAACAGCGGGAAAAGCAUUUCCGGCUUCAGCCUUCAAAAUAAAAGCGGAAUGUAGAUUUGUUUCUUCUUUGUACUUUAUAUUUUAUAAUGUACUUUUGAUUUUUACGCAGGAAUGUGAUAUUUACACUUUGUAAUGUGUGUGUGUUUGUGUGUGUGUGUGUGUGUGUGUGUGUGACGGACUGUACCUGAACACACCAGGUGAAGCUGUCUGACUGUGACCAGCUGGUCUUAUUGUAUAAGGUCAGACAUCAGAUGACUUCCUGUUAUGUCUGGCUGUCGGCUCGGGCAUGACACAGGCCCCCCCCCCCCCCCCCCCCCCCCCGGCGCGCAGACAGUCUGGAGCAGACGGAGGACACGCACACGGACAGAGGAUCACAUCCGAACGGAGAGCCCCGAGUCCCGUCUCCCCCAGGUGACCAUGUCGGGGCGUGGCUCUGCCCCCAGCAGCAGUGACGCGUGCCUCAGUAUCGUCCACAGUCUGAUGUGUCACCGACAGGGCGGAGAGAACGAGGGCUUCGCCAAGCGGGCGAUCGAGAGCCUGGUGAAGAAGCUGAAGGAGAAGAAGGAGGAGCUCGAUGACCUCAUCACCUCCGUCACCACCCGUGGCCUCCAGCCCAGCGGCUGUGUCACCAUCCAGAGGACGCUGGACGGGCGGCUGCAGGUAGCAGGGAGGAAGGGGUUCCCUCACGUGAUCUACGCCCGUCUGUGGCGUUGGCCCGACCUCCAUAAGAACGAGCUGAAACAUGUCAAGUUCUGUCAGUUUGCGUUCGACCUUAAGUAUGACAGCGUGUGUGUGAACCCCUACCACUAUGAGAGGGUGGCGUCGCCCGCCACCUCAGGUCCUCAGUUUCUGAUAAAGGAGGAGUUCAUUCAGGACUGUCUGCAGAUCGACUUGCCCCCCCACUCUGACAUCUACAACCAGCCCUGCCCUGUCAGCAUCUUUCCCAGCAUGCCUCUGGAUCCUCCAGGCAGCAGCUCCAUGUCUGUCAGCAGGGGGGGUGGGGGCGGGGCCAAUGGGGGCGUGGGUGUCUGCGACGAGGGCCAGGGUCUCCUUCAGACCGCCCUGCCGCAGAACCACGAGGGUCAGGCCUCGCCGCCCAAACCAAACCCUCCCCACACCCCUCAGACUCCCUUCCCUGCCACACCCAGCUCACCACACCAGCAGAACGCCUCAUGGACAGGUAACAGCCCCGCCCCCUACAGCUCCGCAGGACCUCUACAGAGUGGGCGGAGCCACCAGCAGCCACCACUCCAUCACCAUCACCACGCCCCCAAUACUCACUUCUGGUCACAGCAUCACUGCACUGCUCCGUAUCCACAACCGGUGUCCAACCACCCAGGUCCAGAGUUCUGGUGCUCAAUCUCCUACUUUGAGUUGGACGUCCAGGUCGGGGAGAUGUUCAAGGUCCAGUCCAGCUGUCCCCUGGUGACGGUGGACGGAUACGUGGACCCUUCGGGAGGAGACCGUUUCUGUCUUGGACAGCUGAGCAACGUCCACCGCACCGCCGCCAGCCACCGUGCCAGGCUCCACAUCGGUCGGGGGGUUCAGCUGGAGUGUCGGGGGGAGGGGGACAUCUGGAUGCGUUGCCUUAGCGACCACUCUGUGUUCAUUCAGAGUCUCUACCUGGAUCGAGAGGCCGGCCGGGCGCCCGGAGACGGAGUUCAUAAGAUCUACCCGGGAGCUUAUAUCAAGGUGUUCGACCUGCGGCAGUGCCACAGACAGAUGCAGCAGCAGGCGGUAGCAGCCCAGGCAGCUGCGGCGACUCAGGCGGCGUCUGCGGUCUUCGGUUCGAUUCCAGGCCCGAACGGUGUGGGAGGGACCGUCCCUGCUGUCGAUGUGUUUUCGCUGGCGGGUCUGGGGGUGGACGACCUGCGCAGGUUGUGUAUCGUGCGUCUGAGCUUCGUUAAAGGUUGGGGGUGUGACUACCCACGGCAGAGCAUCAAGGACACGCCCUGCUGGCUUGAGGUUCACCUGCACCGGGCGCUGCAGCUGCUCGACCAGCCGUUUGUUGUCGCGAAAUGCAUUCUGGGAUACUUGGCUCUCCCAUAACACACAAGUCUCCUCCGAUGCAUCCUCGGUAAAGGGGGCGCGGCGACAACAACAUCCGGGCAUGUGGACCAUUCUUGGCUCGAUACGUUCUUUGUAUGUGAACAGUGUUUUAUGGUACUUUGGCCGCGACUGAUGACGUUUCACGAGGACACAAGAACGCAAGUACAGAGAAGAACGCACAUUAAGAAACGGCCCAUGUUUGACUCCUCCUGCUGACUCCUCCUCCCUCUGACUCCUCCUGCUGACUCCUUCUGCCUCUGACUCCUCCUGCUGACUCCUCCUCCCUCUGACUCCUUCUGCCUCUGACUCCUCCUGCCUCUGACUCC